ACCAGUGCAGGGUUUCUGAACCUAAACACCUCAGCAUCGGCAAUGGCACCCACAACAACAAAUCCAAUGGAUGAAACAAUCCCUGGAAGUAUUGACAUCAAGACCCUGAUCCCAAACUUGAUGAUCAUCAUCUUCGGACUGGUUGGGCUGACAGGAAAUGCCAUUGUGUUCUGGCUCCUGGGCUUCCGAUUGCACAGGAAUGCCUUUUUAGUCUACAUCUUAAACUUGGCCCUGGCUGACUUCUUCUUCCUUCUCUGUCACAUCAUACAUUCCACAAUGGUUCUUCUCAACGUUUCCCCACCCAACGUUAUUUGGGUCCAUUGUUUUGACACCAUCAGAAUGGUUCUCUACAUCACAGGCCUGAGCAUGCUCAGUGCCAUCAGCACUGAGCGCUGUUUGUCUGUCCUUUGCCCCAUUUGGUAUCGCUGCCACCGCCCAGAACACACAUCAACUGUCAUGUGUGCUGUGAUCUGGGUCCUGUCCCUGUUGAUCUGCUUUCUGAAUGGAUAUGUCUGUCAUUUCUUUGGUCCCAAAUAUGAAAUUGCCUCUGUGUGUCUGGCAAUGAACUUCUUUAUCAGAACAUACCCUAUGUUUUUGUUUGUAGUCCUCUGUCUGUCCACCCUGGCUCUGCUGGCCAGGUUGUUCUGUGGUGGUGGGAAGAAGAGAUUUACCAGAUUAUUCGUGACCAUCAUGCUGACCGUUUUGGUUUUUCUUUUCUGUGGGUUGCCCCUGGGCUUCUUCUGGUUCCUGUUUUCCUGGAUUAAGGGUGGUUUCAGUGUAUUAGAUUAUAAACUUUUUCUGGCAUCAAUUGUUCUAACUGCUGUUAACAGCUGUGCCAACCCCAUCAUUUAUUUCUUCGUGGGCUCCUUCAGGCAUCAGUUGAAGCGCAAGACACUCAAAAUGGUUCUCCAGAGUGCACUGCAGGACACUCCUGAGACACCUGAAAAUAUGGUGGAAAUGUCAAGAAUCAAAGCAGAGCCAUGA